CCGUAUUCAUAAAGAAUCUUAAUGCAAAGAGUAGCUCCUAGUGACAAAAUUCUAAGAAAAUUCUUAGAAAUGUGGGCGUUUACUCUUAAAAUUAAAGAAAAAAUCCUAGUUAAAAAAAAAGUAAUUCAGAAAGCAUCUUAACCCUUAAAAGAGGUCUUAAGGUCAAACUUGUUAGGAGCACGGAUGAGGACUUUUAAGAGGCUUAAGAGUUUCUUUAGCAGAGGAGAAAAUGGCAGAAAGAAGAAGAGGGAGAAGAAAUGUGUUGCAGACGAUGGAUGACAGGGAGUUAAUAAGACGCUAUAGAUUAGAUCGUGCAGGGAUCAUGUUUGUGACUGAUCUUAUUAGAGACACGCUAACAUCUCCGACACAGCGCAGAAAUGCCAUAGCGCCAGAACUGAAAGUAAUCACUACAUUACGAUAUUUGGCAACUGGGAAAAUGCAACAAUGCAGUAGUGAUGAUUUGGGUCUGUCACAACCUUCUGUAAGCAGAGUGAUCACACGAACAAUUACAGCACUUUCAGAACCUCUUAUUGUGUCGCAGUUCAUUUCGUUUCCACUGGACAUUCCCACCUUGCAGGCUCAAAAAACUGCAUUUAUGAAUAUAGCAGGCUUCCCUGGUGUUGUCGGAGUAAUUGAUGGAACCCACAUCCGAAUUAUUGCACCGUCGGAAGACGAGUACGUUUAUGUUAAUAGAAAGAGGUACCACAGCAUAAACGUUCAAGUUGUUUUCAGUGCAGAUUAUAGGAUUGUAGACAUUGUUGCAAAAUGGCCCGGUGCAACACAUGAUGCCAGGAUACUGGCGGAGAGUGGCCUGAGACAUCUGUUUGAAGGACGUCGUAUUCCAGCAAAUUGCCACUUGUUAGGGGACAGUGGUUAUCCUUGUAAACCAUGGCUCCUCACACCUUACCUCCGUCCUGACCAGGGGUCACAGCUAAAUUACAACAGAGCUCACAAGAAAACACGAGCCGUAGUUGAGCGGGGUAUUGGUCAACUAAAGAGGCGCUUUCACAUUUUGCAUGGAGAGGUGCGACUGGCACCAGGAAAGGUCUGCAAAGUGAUAACAGCCUGUGCAGUGCUUCAUAACAUCUGUAAAGCUAGACAAAUUGCAGACCCUCCCACGGACAAUCGGGCUGAUGAAGAUGAUGAUGAAGAAUACCCUCCACAAGGGAGGGAUCUGUCCCAAAGUGGGAAUCCUUACAGAGCCCAGUUUACUAAUUUGCAUUUCAUGGAUGGUGUUGGAGCAGCUGCAGUGGCAGCAGAAGGCAGGGAAUGAGGCGCUUCGGGCUGAGGGUCACCCAUCUGCGAUGUCGACGGUCCCCAUUCCUCUGCUGAAAGCUCUGUGCUACUGAAAGGAGAAAACAUUUAAUCUCUGUUAUUUCAAAUAAAUUUAGGGCAAUUUGUUUUUUUUUUUCAGUUUAUAGAAUGCCAGAUAGAAAUAUGAGAAAUGGCCUUGCCUAUGUUAAAUAAAAAUGUGUCUUUA